AUGCGCUCGGCGCUGCUAGCCACUCAUAAGCGCAAUGGAAGCGAUGUGGGCGAGGCUUCCCUCCUCGGCAUUCAGCGCCGCAUAUCAGCUCAGCUGCAUCUGCAUCGCUUGCUCGUGACGCCGGUCCACCGUCUGCCUUCUGAGCUUCUCUCCGAGGUCUUCCUCCACUACCGUGACGCCCUCGUCAACUCUCGAGAUGAGCUCGACAUUCUCUUCAAGAUCGAGUUCACGAUCGUCUGCGUGUGCUCAUCCUGGCGCGCGGCGGCGUAUGGGACCCCUCAGCUGUGG